UUAUGGAGCCUGCGGGUCUGCAAAAUGAAACUGUCCUCUGUUGUGAUAGUUUUCCUGAUUAGGGCUUUUAUUGGAGAGGUGAGCAUUGCUCUGAAUGUGACGGUGACCCCGGGGCCGGUCAGCGUGUGCACAGAGGGCGACAACAUCACCCUGUCCUGCUUGGUCUCUCAGAAGAAACGAAUGAGCAGCGUGCUGGUCCUGCGUUGGCUCUUCUCUCAAGGCCCUGACGUGGAACACCUCCUGGUCAAAAUCAACGUGAAGAGGGCCAAGUACUACGGAAACUACAGCAGACGCUUCCCGCAGCCUAAAUUUCACCUGACAGAGGAGAAAAAAGAGAAGGUCUACAACCUGCUCAUUCUGAACGUGUCCAAGGAAGACAGAGGCAACUACACCUGCAGGGUGCAGGAGAUUAGGAGGUACCACAACCGCUGGAGGGCCUCUUCAAAUGGCACGGGGAGAGUGGAGCUGAAAGUUCACCACUUACCAGUCACUGACAGUUCUGAUGGAAUCUGGCGUUUGUUUCAAGAUCUGUACCUGUGCGCCGUGCUGAUUUGUUCGAUUGGGCUCAUUUGUAUUUUCCUGUUCACCGUGGUCAUUGCGUGUCAAAGCAUUCAACGCAAACACAGACAGAGAGCCAGUUAUUAUUUGGUGAAGUGUCCUGAGAACAGUUCAGGGGAGACGGUGACCAGUGUGGUGAGCUCUUCACCUGGAAUGCACAGGAAAGAGAAAAGACACAAACACCAGCCUAAACACAGCGUGGAUCAACCACCAGAGAUACCAGCUAAAGCACCCAUCGCAGAUAAACCGCGUAAGCCCAAACUUUUAAAGACACAGCCAAGAAAGGUGACCGCGCCCCGGGUGGUGGAGGACAGCUUGACAUAUGCAGAGCUGGAGCUCGUCAGGCCAAAGCCUGAGACUAAAGCCUGUUGCACAGGGACUGUGUAUGCCCAGAUCCUCUUCUUAGAUAAGAAAGUGUAA